UUUCUUUGUAUCACGAAUAGAAAGCAUCGAUCGUUGGUAUUUCAUUUUUAAAAGAAAGAAAAUUUUCAUUCAUUAAGAAUGAUUACGGUAAAAAAAUUGUCUCCUUUACAAAUCGCGCUUUUUUAUAGGCUGGAAAAGAGUUUUCUAAUUUUAUUAAAAAUCUUUGUGUUGUUAUAUCGUCCGGAUAUCAUUGAUCAUGAUAAUCGAAUAAAUACAUUGUCACCGAGAAAACUUUUAGAUAAUUAUGACUUUGUGGUGAUCGGUGGUGGUUCAGCAGGAUCAGUUAUUGCGAAUCGUCUUUCGGAAAACGAAAAUUGGACGGUGCUUUUAUUGGAAGCUGGUGGAAUCGAACCGAUGUUAUCAGAUAUUCCUAUUAUUUUUCCGACUUAUCAAGUUAGUCCAAUAGAUUGGCAAUUUAAGACGGAACCGUCAUCGUAUUAUUGCCUGGGAAUGAAUAAUAGGCAAUGUAAUUGGCCACGAGGAAAGGUAUUAGGCGGCAGUAGUGUGAUAAAUGCUAUGCUCUAUGUACGUGGUAACAAAAAGGAUUACGAUAAUUGGAGAGAUCAAGGUAAUCCUGGUUGGGAUUACGAGAGUGUACUGCCAUAUUUUAAAAAAUCGGAAAGUAACAAAAUCGAAGGUUUAGAUCCCGCUUAUCAUGGGACUAACGGAGAAAUGACCAUUGAACAUUUCAGAUUUCAAACUCCUGUGACGGAUUAUUUAUUAAAGGCUGGAAAAGAGAUAGGCUAUAGAAUAGGUGACAUAAAUGGAUCGAAUCAAACUGGAUUCACGUAUUCUCAUGCAACGAUCAGAGACGGUCUUCGUUGCAGUACUUCUAAAGCUUUUCUUCGGAAGGCAUCGAAAAGAAAAAAUCUUCAUAUAUGCACGCAUUCGAUUGUCGAAAAAAUUCUGAUAAAGGAAAAUUCAAAGAGAGCUUAUGGCGUGAUGUUUCGGAACAAUGAAGAAACAUACACCGUUCAUGCGAAUUUCGAAGUUAUUUUAGCUGCCGGUACUAUACAGUCACCGCAAUUGCUAAUGCUGUCGGGAAUUGGACCAAUGGAUCAUCUUAAGGAAUUAGAUAUACCAUUGAUCCAAGACAUGCCAGGCGUUGGUUCGAAUCUUCAAGAUCACGUUGCGAUAGGAGGUAUAGUUUAUUUGGUCGAUCCACCGGAAAAAUACAAUUUCAACGAGUUCACUUAUGUAUUGCCGAAACUUCUUUCCCUGAAAUCGGUAAAACAAUUUGCUAAGAAAAAAAGUGGUCCUUUAUAUACGGCACCAGAGUGUGAGGGAAUGGCUUUUAUUAAUACAAAAUAUUCAAAUGUCUCCGCAGAUUAUCCAGACAUUCAGCUAUUUAUAGCGGCGGCUUCUAUCAAUUUAGACGGUGGAGUAUUUAGUAAAAGAAUAUUUGGUCUUACGGACGAUUUUUAUGCAAAAGUUUUCAAAAAUAUCAACUAUCAGGAUUCUUACUCUAUUAUACCAAUUCUUUUGAGACCUCGUAGCAGAGGUUAUAUCAAAUUAAGAACGAAAAAUCCCAAAGAUCACCCUAUCAUUGUACCCAAUUACUUUAACAAUCUUCGCGACCUUGAAAUUUUGAUAGAAGGCGCAAAGUUUGCACAUAAAAUAAGUCAAACGAAAAUAAUGCAAAAUGUUAAUGCUCGGCCAAAUCCAAAUAGAAUACCAGCUUGUUCAAUAUUUCAAUUUUCAUCAGAUGAUUAUUGGCGAUGUCACGCACGUCAUUAUACAAUGACGAUUUAUCAUCCAAUUGGUACAUGCAAGAUGGCACCUGCCAACGAUCCUAUGGGUGUAGUUGAUUCUCGAUUGAAGGUACACGGUAUUCAAGGUCUUCGUGUGAUCGACGGAUCCAUCAUGCCGAAUAUAAUCUCUGGAAAUACCAACGCACCCAUAAUAAUGAUCGCGGAAAAAGGUGCCGAUAUGAUUAAGGAGUAUUGGAAUAACCGAAGUCAUUCGUGAUAAGCAAAAUCAACAAAUUAUUCAAUGUACAUUUGAUAAAUAUCAUAUUUCCGA